AUGAUCGUACCAUAUAAUGUUAUUGAUUCUCUCAUGGAAGUUGACUGGGUAAAAGCGAUGCAAGAUGAGCUGAAUGAGUUUGAACGUCAUCGAGUGUGGACUCUAGUUCCCAAGCCACAAGGAAAAACCAUCAUUGGUACCCGUUGGAUCUUUAGAAACAAUAUGGAUGAAGAUGGAAUCGUCAUUAGAAACAAUGAAAGACUUGUCACCCAAGGGUUUUGUCAAGUGGAAGGGUUAGACUAUGAUGAAACCUUUGCCCUUGUUGCUAGACUUGAAGCCAUUCUUCUGUUCCUUGCUUUUUCUUCAUUCAAGAACUUCAAAGUCUAUCAAAUGGACGUAAAAACUACGGUCUUACAUGGGGAUCUUCAAAAAGAAGUCUUUCUAAAGCAACCUCCAGGUUUGCAGGUUAAACAAUUAAUAGAUGGAAUAAUUGUUUUUCAAGCUAAAUGUCUUACAAACAUAUUGAAGAAGUUUUGCUUUUCUGAUAGCAAACCAACAAAGACUGCAAUGACUUCAUCAACAUUUAUCUUUGUUGAUCCAACUGACGCUGAUGUGAAUGGAACCCUGUAUUAA